GUUGAGAACGAAACGAACCAGCUCCAGGACGGCUCUCUAAUCGACCUGUGUGGAGCAACGCUGCUGUGGCGCACUGCGGAAGGGCUGGCACGCACUCCUACUGUCAAGCACCUGGAGGCGUUAAGACAGGAAAUAAACGCGGCGAGACCCCAGUGUCCGGUGGGCUUUAACACCUUGGCAUUUCCCAGCAUGAAGAGAAAAGAUGUUGUAGACGAAAAGCAGCCAUGGGUGUAUCUGAACUGCGGUCACGUCCACGGCUAUCACAACUGGGGGAACAAAGAGGAGAGAGACGGCAAGGAUCGCGAGUGUCCCAUGUGCCGUUCUGUUGGCCCCUACGUGCCCCUGUGGCUUGGAUGCGAAGCGGGAUUUUACGUGGAUGCGGGACCUCCGACUCAUGCGUUCAGCCCGUGUGGACACGUGUGCUCAGAAAAGACAACUGCAUAUUGGUCCCAAAUUCCUCUCCCUCAUGGUACUCACACUUUUCACGCAGCCUGUCCCUUCUGCGCGCAUCAGCUGGCUGGUGAGCAGGGUUACAUCAGACUCAUUUUCCAAGGACCUCUCGACUAACACCCGUGUUACCGAGGGCUGCGGUAAACUGAUAAGCUAAGCGAUACUGAUUUUUAAACCAACUGUUUUUCGUAUUCUCUGGGCUUUGCUGGUUUGCAUUAAGAUGAAGAAUCUUUGGGUUUUUGUUACAAAAGCUAAAUCCCUCUCUGUCGGAAGUGUCUGGAAAUGGAAGAAAUGAGGGGAGAAGGGGGAGAACUCCUGGGUUUUUUUUUUUUAGUUAAUAACUACUUCUGAGAGGUGAAGGAAAGUGUUGUAGCGUGAACUUCGAUGCCUUCUGUUUAAUGGUUUUUUUGAAUCACAUGCCCACAGUGUUGGAAAGUUGUUUCAUUCUUUUUGUAUAUGGAGGGUGAACAGUUCAAAGAACAUUAGUUUACAGCUUGGAUGCAAACGUUGUAAAAUAUA